AUUUUGAUCUCCGUGCCACGCUAUCGCUACUAUCUACUAAAUCACUCCUCAUCUUAUUCUCGCAAUUCCGACAUGGCGGAUCUCUAUCUGUUUCUCGAGCUAGUGGAGCUCCUAAAAAAUACGGAGCGCCGUGGCUGGGUCAUCCGCGGCGUUCCAAACCCUGAGAGUGUCUGCGACCACAUGUACCACAUGGCACUUAUGUGCCGAGCAGUUCCUGGAUUCGAUGAAGAGACGCGGACGAAAGCGGAAUAUAUGGCGUUGGUUCACGACAUGGGAGAAGCAUUAGUUGGGGAUAUCGCUCCUUCCGAUGGAAUCAGUGCAGAGGAGAAAUACACUCGAGAAGAAAUGGCCCUUAAGUUCCUCGCGUGCACCAUCACUCAGGUUGCAGCACUACAACCUAGGAUCAACAACUUAUAUGCCAGAAAGCUACUCUCCGAACAUCAGCUGUAGAGAACCCAGCUGAAAUCUCAGCUGUGGAGAACCGAGCUGAAGCCUCAGCUGUGCAGGGCUCAUCUGAACUUACUAGCGCGCCACCCUGGGGGUGGCCCCCUUCCUUCCCCUAGUAUAUAUACAACUAGCUAGACGUCUAUAGAAAUCAGAGUUCACAUCAAU